AUGGCGUUUAAUGAUGCCCUGCGUGCGGUUGAUGGGGGAGAGGGUCAUGAUGCUGUUGCGGAGAAGUAUGCCGGGGAGAUUCAUGGGACGGCACAGACUGGGAAGGACAAGGGUGAGGAUGUGGAGAUUGUUGAGGGUGAGGGGGGAUUGCGUAUGAAGUUUGAGAAGAUGAAGUUGACUCGGGAUGGGGAGGUCUGGCUAGAGGUGGAGGAUGAGGGGAGCGGUGAGGAGAGUGACGAUGGUGAGGAGAGUGACGAUGGUGAGGGGGAUGAGGAUGAGGAUGAAGAUGGCGAUGAGGAGUGGCAAGAGGACGAUGUGGAGUACUAUGAGGAGUCUGAGGAGUACUAUGAUGAUGAUUAUGAAGAUUACGGUGAGUGGGAUUUGGUUGGAUAA